CUCUUUCAGGCUGAGAUGAUGAUAAUAAGGACACUGUUGGCAAUGGCCAUUUUUCUGGGACAUGAGCAGCUGUCCACAAACAAUUUGAAUGAGAUCAACUCAAGUCUCAUAGACCAUAAAAUGGACAUCAGGCACUUGGCUUCCUGUGGUAUUCUGAUGACCAGAAUUUCUCCACUGCAAGUACCAGAAAUGAACCAUACCUUUUCAAGAACUUUCUUCAACAUUACUGCACCACUAGUAAACAAAAGAAAAGAAUAUUCUGAAAGAAGAAUUAUAGGAUAUUCUAUGCAGGAAAUGUAUGAAGUUGUUGCUGUUGUGGAGAAUUAUAAACUAUUUGUCCCUUGGUGUAAAAAAUCAGAUAUAAUAUCGAAGCGUUCUGGAUACUGCAAAGCACGGUUAGAAAUAGGAUUCCCUCCUGUAGUAGAGAGGUAUACAUCGGUUGUUACCCUAGUGAGGCCACAUUUAGUUAAGGCAUCCUGCACAGAUGGAAAACUAUUUAAUCACUUGGAAACCGUGUGGCGUUUCAGCCCAGGUAUCCCUGGUUAUCCAAGGACAUGCACAUUGGAUUUUUCAGUUUCUUUUGAAUUUCGUUCACUCCUACACUCAAAACUUGCUACGCUAUUUUUUGAUGAAGUGGUAAAGCAGAUGGUAGCUGCCUUUGAAAGAAGAGCAUCCAAACUCCACGGCCCAGAAACUAUCGUACCUCGGGAACUAAUGCUUCAUGAAGUUCAUCACACGUAAAAGAGAAAUUGUAGCAGCCUCUACUAUAAUUUUGUAUGUACACUUUAUUUAUACAGGAGGUACAAUGCUCCUCUGGGGGCAUCACUUUGGUAUCUGAACUUUGUAAUUUACUACUGUACAAAACACGCACAUAUUCAGCCAGCUGUACAUAGAGGAAUAUUCAAGCUGCUAUCAAGUGCAAUUUGAACGGUUAGCAGAAACAGACUGAUUGGCAGCUACUAUAAAACAAGGUAACUCAAACUGCGGAUUAUUCGCCUGCCAAACAGUUUGUGUAAUCACAUCAGAUGUUCUACCUUAUCUAAGCUUAUAUUUUUACAGUGUUUGUAAUGUAUUAACUCAAGUUUAAGUUAUUAGCAGUUUGAAUGUAACUUACCAGUACCAACUUAGCUGCUUAGGCUAAGUUACAGGGAAAUCUGACAUUCUAGCUUUGGAAUACAAAACACUGUUAAAGAACCAGGUAGCAGAUGUUUUUGAUCCAAGCGAAUAACAGAGGUCAGCUCAGAAGUUUCUGUAUGCUGUUGAAUUCUGAUCAAUAAUAGCUAUAGAAAGACAAAGAGAGGAAAAAAAAAGCAGCCUACAGCCUAAAGUUAAAUAUAGGAAUAUCAUAAUUUUUGAGAGCAGCAGUUUCAGCUAUAUCUAGUUGUUCUUAUCUGCCUGGGCAAACACUUGAAUUCAGAACGUUUGGCAAGAUGAUCUUGCCUACUGGCACUAUUUCACUGUUAUGCAUAGUAAUUUGGGUAAGCAAGUCAUGAUCUAGUGUCAUAGUUCCCAGUUCCAGUUAAAUGUAACUUUAAAAUGAAUUAAUAGAUAUGUUACUUCAGUGAAAAUUAGGUCAUGGAUACACACUAUUCUGUACCAAACUACUAUGCCCUUACUGCAGACUAAACACAGCAAGGGCAGUUAUCAUUAAGUAGCUUCCUACAAUGUGGAUCUAACUGUGGUUUGUCAGUGCAUUGAGAUGGUGCCAGCAGUAGUCUUGAUUGAUUUUAUUUUCAGUUUAUUCCUUGUAUUACUUUACUAAAUUAACAGGCUAAGUUAAACGGAUUUGACCAGACAGUAAAAUCUCUUCUAUACACUGCCUUGAGUUAUUAAAGUUACUGUGAUGAGAUGAAUUAAGUCAGCUAUGUUUCAUGGUUGAAGUUUCCCCUUUCUAGAGUGUCUGUAAACUGCAUCAUUACUGCAGAAUAGGGGGUAAGGUUAAUUUACUGUGCUAAGUAAUAUAGGAGGGUCGGUUUCAGGACAGACAGUCAUGAAGCAGUUUCAGAAAACUUAAGUCUGUUUUCCAGAUAGAGCAAGUAAGAUCUCAGACAUUUUAUCUCUGAAGGACAUUCUUAUUAUAGGCGGGAAGCUGGGGGAAAGUGACACUUAGAUUAAGUCAGUUAAACACUGUAGAAAAUUGCCAAGUCGUUUCACAUGUUGAGACAAUUCAAAAAAAAAAAAAAAAACAAAAAAAAAAACAUGGAAUUUAGGAACACCAUAAUUUUGAAGUGACUGGAAAGUGAGUUGAAAAUCAGGCAGAAGAGAAUUAACAUUUUCAGCUGUCAAAGAAAAUAGCAGAUAGCAUACAAAACUCGGUUUUGAGGGCUAAACACCUAGUAAAGGGAAUCGAACAAAAUCCUUUUUAACCUAGAGUCCCGAAGACUUGACCGAGAGAAAAGAGAAUUGAGAGAUGCUGAAGUUUCUAGGUAACUACCUUCUACACAACCAAGCAAGAGAAAUGCAGUGGGUAGUGGUGGUGGGGAAAUAAACAAGUCACUCUUUUUUGACUUUUUUAAGUCAAAGCAAGCUUACCCUUUUCACACCCUCAAGACACUUUCCCUCCCACAGUCCUGUAAAGGAUCCACCCGGUCUGUUUCAGCAUUUGAAACAACUGGCAUGUAAAAGGCAAAAUAAAGUCAAUGCACAUGCCUUAAUUUUGAUAGCAUUGUUUAAUAUUUCAAAGAACAGUGGUGUCUUACCAAAAUUAAAGUCAUUUAUAUUCUGUAGAAACAUUCUAGACCAAGGAAUAUUUCCUGGAGAGAAAUGCCCCAUAUUUUCAAAGCACAGAUGUCAGACUUUUAGCAAAUCUUAUGAGUAUUCUACCAGGUCUCUCCCAUAAUUAUGGCUUUGUGUACAGAUGAAUAAGGUGAUACGUUUCAUAACUUUUGAGCAGUCUGUUUUAUUACAUAAAAGUCACAUAAUUGUAUAUUUGUCUACUUUGUACACAAUUGUCUAGUCUCACGCACAGUGGCUUCCAAGUUCUUCCUAAUAAUGGCAAGCACCAAUAAAUUCUGAAACAGAAUAUCAAGUGCCUUAAUUAAGUUUAAAUCAGAACCUUGGUAGAUGGAUCUUGCACCCAGUUAUCAGGAAUGUACAAAUGUCUUUAUUCAAAAAUACAAAAUAAAUUAUCUGUAGGCAUGGACAAUGACUGUAAACAAUUACAUGUGUUAAAUGAAAUCCAGUAACUGAUGGUUACAGUGAUUCUUUUAAACACCAGCCUUACUUCAGUCACUAUCCAUCCUCCUGCACUGACACCUGAAGUUUUUAAAUCAGAACUGUCAGUCUUAACCAGCCCAGUUCAUGAUGCAUCAGAAUCCCACAAAUUAGAACAUGCCACCUCCCAUUCCUCCACCCAUUCCACCCAUUCCUCCCAUUGCAGGCUCCUUUUCCUCUUUAGGAACUUCAGUCACUACUGCUUCUGCUGUUGAUAAGAGAGAAGCAACACCUGCAGCAUCCAUCAGAGCAGUUCUCACAACCUAAAAAUAGGAAAUAAAAAAAAUCCUUAAUACUUAUUUCCUAUUACGUGUCAUGGCAGGAAGGAAACCAAGAAUUAACACUGCUAUAAGUUACCUUUGUUGGGUCUAUGAUUCCUUUUUCUACCAUAUUUACAAAGUCCCCAAGCAUUGCAUCAUAGCCAAUCUCUGAUGGACUCUGCAUGAUCUUUUCAACUAUUAAUGAUCCUUCAACUCCUGCAUUCUUUGCAAUAGUCAUUGCAGGAAUUUUCAGUGUUCUCUUAAUUAUUUCUAUGCCUGUAAGAAAGAGUAUGUUUAGAAUUAUGUAUUACAUUCUUUUUUUUCCCCUAUUGCUAAGGCAUGCAUUCAUGGACUGGAGAUCAAUACAGAAAUAACCAUCUAAGCAAGAGCAUAAACCAUUUUUAUUAGUUCCAGAAAAGGUUCGUGACUGUUUCAUAUUGGUCAACAAUUCAAAUUGCUGAAAUAUAUUCAAACAUGUUUUAGUUUUCCUUCAGCAGGUGAUAGUAAGGAAUAUUACUAUUGCAGUAGGUUGUUUGGAACACAGCACAAAGCCUUUUCCAUUUGCUUUGCUAUGCAAUCCCUUAAAGGUUUUCAUGUCUGUCUGCAAAGGUUGCACCAGUAACUCAUUUUUUCCUUAAAAAGUUGGCUUCUUUUGUGGAGCAACUGCUGCUUUAUUUUUACUGGUUCUUUCAAGUCUAAAUUAAGGCAACAGUGAAAGCUUCCCACAGUAAAGCAGAGAUAGCUAUAUCAAAGGGAUAUGACAUUUCAAGAUCAAGUAACUAAAAACUCAUUGAAAGUGAUCUGUACUUGACCUUAUAAAGCCUCAAGACAGAAGAAAGUCAAUUCUUAACAUUCUUCAACACAAACAUUCCAGUAAUUUACUUACCAAUUUUCUGAUCUUCAUUGGCUGGAAUUAAAGCAUCUAAUGCUGGAAUACAGCGAAGCAAUGCACAACCACCACCUGGAACUAUCCCUUCCUCUACAGCAGCACGGGUAGCAUUCAGGGCAUCAGUAACUCUGUCUUUCUUCUCAUUCACUUCAACAUCACUUGUGCCACCAACCUAGAAUAAGCAAGCCACAUCUCAGGGUGUAACUCAUCCCUGUUUGGAAAAGCAGUGCAGACUACAAAACUGCUGCAGCAAAAUGAAAUAGGAAAGCUGAGUCAUGAAAUUAAGUGCCAAAAAGCAAAUCAGUGCUUUUCCACAUUAAAAAUGAUCUUUUGCACCUUGGUGCUUAAAAAGCCUACAUGUUAAGUUUUAUUUCAUCCGGCUCUUAAUACUUAAAGGCCCUAUAAUAAGCCAAGCUCUUUAUCCAAAUCAAUUGCUAAGAUUAUGAGAGAGGCAAAUAGUAAUAUCUGAGAUAAAUAAACGACUGAUAAUCACCUUUUUUAUAGCUUCCUCUGAAAGCAUUCCAGGUGCAAGCUGCUCUUUUGUGUACUGGGCACAUAUCUAUUUCCUAAGCACAUGGCAAAGCAGGUUUUUCCUCCCGGCUACAGACUACUUUGCUAAUCACUGAUAAAGCAAAAGUCAGACCAGGUGCAGCUUCAGUAUAUAUGAACUGCUUGUUCUAAAAAGACGACCAUUAUCGCCGAUGAGCCACUUCCUGUAACGGAGAGGUGUGACCGACUAACAAGAAUAUUAGUGAAAGAUGGAAUUCUAAUUUGUUUAUUGGAUUUAGUGUUUUACUCCUAAGUGUAUUUUCUCACCUUCAGUACUGCUACUCCAUCAGAGAGUUUGGCCAGUCGUUCAUUCAGUUUCUCUUUUUCAUAGUCACUUGUAGUAACUUCCAGCUGUUCAAUGAUUUCUUGAAUACGUUUCUCAAUUUGAGCCUUUUCACCCUUCCCCUUAAGCAGCAUGGUGUCAUCUUUUGUCACAAUGACUUCUCCGACUUUACCAAAGUCAUGAGGCUGAAUAUCUUCUACGUUUAGGGUCAAACCCUCUUCUCCAAAUACCUGAAACAAAUUACACGAGAAGUUACAAUUCACAGCUUCUCCACAUACAAAAUUUUUAUUUAUAGAUAUACAUGCAUAUACAGCAGACUAGCAAAGAAAAGCAAUCAUACUAUUGCAGCUACCUUGAAACUUUCCCCUUCCCUAACACAAUCUAGGCAACAGGUGCUUCACAAAAUGGCCCUUCCAGAAUACAGAACUGCAAGCUUUUAAUCUGUGACUGACUACUGUAACUUACUGAUUUAAUGUGCCUGAAAAGAAAAGCUGUGCAACAGAAUCAUUCUUGUAUUUCAAGUUACGUAUGUUGGCAAUAAACUGACUUUAGAGUUUA